GGCAUAGUAAACUCGGGAGAAGAUGUUUGAAAGUGAAAUGCGUCUUCUCGCGAUGUUUUCGAACCAGUGUGGGAGUGUGCUUCUCAUGCUAGAUAAUGGAAAGUUGUUUGGGGAAUAUGUUGCCUAACCUUGUAAACUAAGGUAACAAUCUGAGGAGUUUCAACGAAACGGAGUUUUCAGCAGCUUCUAAACAAAUAUUUUUACUGGGACUGCAAGCUAAUUAUAACGUUUGCGAACAACACAAUUAACACUUCCGUGUGGUUUAAUAAAGGUUUAGAGGACCAAGCUCCUGACAGUCUCGUCGUCGCCAAGAUUUAUGGAAACGACUGCUAAUUUAGCUCUGAGGAAUUAGCCAACAGCCUUGGCUGGGUGUUGCUUUUUGCCAGUAAAAGUUGUGUUUCACGCGAAGCAACACGUAGAACCUCUGGACACUAACAGCUGGACAGAUGUUAGCCAAGAAAGUCAUCAAUGGAGCUAAUGUGACUAAGUUGCCACUUUGAACAUUUCGUGAUUGGUGGAUCAUCCGAGAUUAAACGGCGGGACUGGAAAAGUCAACUAUGCUAGUCAACUCAACGCUGACUCGGAGGCUGAAAUCUCUUCAACUCAUUUCGGUCUAGCAGAUGGCUAACUCUUCGAGAAAGGGGGACGAAGGAUAAAAAUGAACGCAACUUACAUCUGUACCUUUCUACUCGCGAUUUUAUGUCGUUCUGAUCUUUUUAAAAGCAUGACAUCAAUUUUGUGGUCGCCGUGGUGCGUAACGUGAAGUUUCAUUUAAAGCCAAAAGAAUUUGUGCCUCCCCAGAAAAUCGUAUCCAUGCUCGGACGAAGUAAAGAGGCACGGGUUGGAGUCAAGGUAUUGCUCCAACAGUCUGACUGGAAAGCUCACAAAGUGGAAUUGUGACGAACGAAUUUAUUUCUUAAAACGCGUGGCGACUUGGGAAGCAUUUAAAGGAGUACGAAUUUAUGAAACAAAUCUCAGUUAUGGACUCCUCACUUAAACAGGCUUUGAAGAAGCCUCCAUCGCGACGAACUGCAGAGGAUCUGAACAACAUCUACUGUCACCUUUACCACAUGGAUGUACUUUCACACCUGAGAGAACACCAGCUAAGGUCUAUGUGCACCUCUGCAAGAUACGAACGCUAUGAUGCUAACCACAUCCUGUUCUAUCCGGAUACCAUCUCCACGUGCUGGUACAUUCUACUCACCGGCUCCGUCUUCGUGAAGGAGCACAUGUACUUGGCGCGCUGCUGCUUCGGGAAACAGCUGGGUGGACGACGAGGCUGUGAAUGCAUCACCUUAGAGCCGUCCGAAAUGAUCGUGGUGGAAAACGGCAGCGAGGGCGCGGACGAGGCGCUGCAGAGGGACGGCGCGCACCGACACUCGCGGCGGCGCUUUCGCCGGGUCAAUCCCCACGGGGAGCGCGAGCUCAUCACUGACGGACAGGACCCCGCCAGAGCAGCCACGCUUCCUGGAGACCUCAACAAAAUGCAUCUCACAGACCACCCCCACCAGCAGAUGAUGCACAUGGCGCCCAGCCAGUCAGGCUGCAGCAUUGCCAGUGACUCUGGCAGCAGUAGCCUAUCGGACAUCUACCAGGCCACAGAGAGCGAGAUGGGAGAUGUGGACCUGUCUGGGCUUCCAGAGGCUGCAGUGGACUCCGAGGAAGAGGAGGAGGAAGACGAAGACCUGGAGCGAGCGACAGACCCUCUGCUGGGUCGGGACCUGGUGCGCGAGUGUUUGGAGAAGGAUCCAGCUGACCGCACUGACGACGACAUCGAGCAGCUACUGGAGUUCAUGCACCAGCUCCCGGCGUUCGCCAACAUGACCAUGUCGGUGCGGAGGGAACUCUGCACGGUCAUGGUGUUUGAGGUGGUGGAGCAGGCCGGCACAAUCAUUCUUCAGGACAAACAGGAGCUGGACCUGUGGUACGUGAUCGUCAACGGCUCCGUGGAGAUCAGCCACACGGACAGGGUGGAGAUCCUGUGCAUGGGCAACAGCUUUGGCAUCUCGCCCUCGCUGGACAAGCAGUACAUGAGCGGCCUGGUCCGCACUAAAGGAGACGACUGCCAGUUUGUGUGCAUCGCCCAAGAGGACUACUGGCGCAUCCUCAACCAUGUGGAGAAGAACACUCACAAGGUGGAGGAGGAGGGCGAGAUCGUCAUGGUGAAGGAGCAUCGCGAGCUGGACCGCAGCGGCACCCGCAAGGGACACAUCGUCAUCAAGGGGACGCCGGAGCGCCUGAUCAUGCACCUGGUGGAGGAGCCGUCGGUGGUGGACCCCACCUACAUAGAGGACUUCCUGUUAACCUACCGCACCUUCCUGUCCAGUCCCAUGGAGGUUGGAAGGAAGCUGCUGGAGUGGUUUAAGAUAGACAGCCUCCGAGACACGGUCACGAGAAUAGUGCUGUUGUGGGUGAACAACCAUUUCAAUGAUUUCGAAGGGAACCCAGAAAUGACCCAGUUCCUGGAGAACUUUGAGAAGCAUCUUGAAACAUCAAGGAUGAAAGGUCAUCUGCGACUGUUGAACAUCGCCUGCGCCGCCAAGGCCAAAUGGCGGCAGAUCACCCUCCAGAAACCCUCCAGGGAGUCCCCGCUCCUCUUCAACCUGCUGGGGGGCAGCGAGCGCGGCUUCGGCAUCUUCGUGGAGGCCGUGGAGAAGGGCAGCAAGGCAGCCGAGACCGGCCUCAAGCGGGGGGACCAGAUCAUGGAGAUUAAUGGGCAGAACUUUGAGAACAUCUCCUAUUCCAAGGCCAUGGACAUCCUGAGGAACAACACACACCUUUCCCUUACUGUCAAGACCAAUAUAUUCGUGUUUAAAGAGCUCCUGAGCCGCAUCAUCCACGAGAAGAAGAACGGCGGCCCCCACAUCCCCAAAAUCCAGGAGAAGAAGGGCAACCGCUUCUCCAUCCCAGACCUGCCCGGCGACAUGGAGUUCCCCACGGAGAAGAGCCACAAGAAGCUGAAGGCCAACACCGUGUCCGGUGGCCGCAACAAGAUCCGGAAGAUGCUGGAGAAGACCCGCUUCAGCAUCCUCCCCCCCAAACCCUUCAGUGAUGGCGGUGUGGGCCAGUCUCAGGAUGAUAGCAUCGUUGGCACCAAGCAGGCGCGCCACAGCCUGGCCAUCAUGCCCAUCCCUGGCAGCCUGUCGUCCAGCAGCCCCGACCUGCUGCAGCCCGCCACCAGCAUCCUGGACUUCUCCCAUCCCACAGCUGUGGGCUUCUACUACAUUCCGGACCAGGUGAUCCGCGUGUUCAAGGCCGACCAGCAGAGCUGCUACAUCAUCAUCAGCAAAGACACCACGGCGAAGGACGUGGUGUCGCACGUGGUGAACGAGUUUGGCCUCCUGGCGGCGUCGGACACCUACUCCCUGUGCGAGGUGUCCAUCAGCCCAGAGGGCGUCAUCAAGCAGCGCCGACUCCCCGACCAGCUCUCCAAGCUCGCAGACCGCAUCCAGCUCAACGGCAGGUACUACCUGAAGAACAACAUGGAGACGGAGACGCUGUGCUCAGACGAGGAUGCGCAGGAGCUGCUGCGCGAGAGCCAGAUCAGCCUGCUGCAGCUGAGCACCGUGGAGCUGGCCGCCCAGCUCUCCAUGCGCGACUUCGACCUCUUCCGCAACAUCGAGUCCACCGAGUACGUGGAGGACCUCUUCAAGCUGGUGGGCCACUCCAGAGGCAGUCGCGUCCCUAGUGGCGGCGGCGGUGGCAGUGGCGGUGGCAGUGGCAGCCACCUCAAGCAGUUCGAGGAGAUCAUCAACCAGGAGACGUUCUGGGUGGCCACGGAAAUCCUGCGUGAGCCCAACGCCAUGAAGCGCAUGAAGACCAUCAAGCUCUUCAUCAAGAUCGCCCUGCACUGCCGCGAGUGCAAGAACUUCAACUCCAUGUUCGCCAUCAUCAGUGGGCUGAAUCUGGCGCCGCUGGCCCGCCUGCGGAGCUCCUGGGAGAAGUUGCCCAGCAAGUACGAGAAGCUCUUCCGAGACCUGCAGGACAUCUUCGACCCGUCCAGGAACAUGGCCAAGUACCGCAACGUCCUGAGCAGCCAGAGCAUGCAGCCGCCCAUCAUCCCCCUCUUCCCCGUCGUCAAGAAGGACCUCACCUUCCUGCACGAGGGGAAUGACUCCAGUAUUGAUGGCCUGGUGAACUUCGAGAAGCUGCGGAUGAUCGCCAAGGAAAUCCGGCAUGUGGUGCGCAUGACCUCGGCCAACAUGGACCCCGCCCUCAUGUUCCGACAGAGGAAGAAGAGGUGGAAGAGUUUAGGGUCACUGAGCCAGGGCAGUACCAAUUCCAACAUGCUGGAUAUCCAGGUGGGGGCCCACAAGAAGCGUGUGAGGCGCAGCUCGCUGCUCAACGCCAAGAAGCUGUACGAGGACGCCCAGAUGGCGCGCAAGGUCAAGCAGUACCUGUCCAACCUGCAGGUGGAGACGGACGAGGAGAAGUUCCAGAUCAUGUCCCUGCAGUGUGAGCCAGCCUACAGCACAUUGUCUAAGAAUCUGAGUGAGAGGAGGUCCACUAAGUCAGACAUGUCUCCCGUGUCUCUGCGCUCAGCCUUGCCCUCUGGGAAAUCCCAGAACCGCGUGUCCCAAGUGCUCCAGGUGCCCCCUGUCAGCCUCUACCCACUCCGCAAGAAGAGCUUGGCCAAGGACCUGGCACACAGUUCCAAUUCUCCGCAGGUGCUGAAGAAGCCGACGAGUUCGGGAGAGGAGUGGAGUGGGAAGAGGGCAGAGGACAGCGUGUCGAUCACCUCCUCUCUCCAUUCCAGCCCUACGGUGUCCCCACAGGGAUCUCCCCGGAAAGUAGGCGGCGGCGGUGUGCAUAAGUCUCAGAACUCCUGUCAGAUGAACCUGUCUGGCUCUUCCUCCUCUCUCCCCUGUGACGCAGGCUCCAAGGCGGGCAGCAGCGGUGGUGGCGCCGGCGGCAGCGGCAGCGGCAGUGGUCCCGGAGGCCCCGGGCGCAGCUACGGCAUAGGCUAUGCGCUGAUGCCGGCGGGGAAGACAGACCUGUCUGACUCCAGCCACAGCGAGAUCUCGUCGCGCUCCAGCAUCGUCAGUAACUGCUCCGUGGACUCCAUGCUCGCGGCCGCACCCGAGGAGCGCUGCGGCAACCGGCCCUGCAGCCAGCCAGACACCAAUGCACACGCACUCCCCGCGCCAGACUGCAGUCGCCCCAGCACAAGUUCGUCUGUGACACGGCCCACUGUGACGCGAGCCUCUACGUUCACGUCCUCCACGAGCACCGAGGAGCUGACCCCCGACCACUCCUCCGUCGAGACGGCCGACAGCGGGCGCGGCAGCUGGACCUCCUCCUCCAGCAACUCCCACGACAACUUCCAGAGCCUGCCCCCCCAGCGCACCCUCGACCUGGCCCCCUACCGCCACUCGCAGCUGGGCAGCCCCAUCGCCGAGGUGGAGGCGGGCCCCGCCUGGCCCGAGGACGGCGCGGCCGCCAACCGCCACUCCAGGGACAGCUCGGAGCUCAAUCCGUCGCGGCAGAGCUGGGCAUCCUCCAGCUCGCUCUCCGACACCUACGAGGGCAGCUACGGGACCAUCAAGCGGCGGGCAUCCGAGCAGGCCGCCGCCGCUGCACAGGGCGAGCCCCCCGAGGGCUCCCAGGCGGCCGACGCCAGCUACAAAACGGUCACGUCAAGCACAGAGAAGGGCCUGAUAGUCUACUGUGUCACGUCGCCCACCAAGGACGACCGGUACAGGCUGCCGCCGCCCACUCCGCUGGGGUACCAGGGCCUGUCGCUGGGCGACGCGCAGGAGGGAGCGCCGCCGCGCCCCCCCCACUUAAAGCCGCCCGACUAUAGCGUGGCCCUGCAGAGGUCAAAGCUGCUGCAGAGCCCGGCCAGGCUGGCCCCCAGCCGGCCCGCCAGCACGGGCCCUCAGCCGCUAGCAGAUAGUGAGGAUGAUGAACAGGUCUCAGCCGUGUAACUGCCGCCAGAGGACAGGCAGACUGAGAGGGACGAAUGAGCGAACGAGUGACACAGAGAGACAGAGAGAGAGGAGAGAGGAAGAGAGAGGAGAGCGGUCUCAUAAGCUAGAGCUGCACUGGGCUUGCUCCCUCCAGACAAGAGCACAUGCACCUCACCUGCACCUCUACCUGCUCACAGCGCAACCUCACCUUUCCCAUCACAGACAAUACCACACACGCACACACAUAUACACACAUAUACACACACACACACGCACACGCACACACAUAUACACACAUAUACACAUAUAGACUUGUUUUUAGGCCAUUCAGAGAAAUGGAUGGCUUGUUUUUAACUCACCUUGCCUCAGGCUCCUGAGCUGAACUGAUGUCACAGGAUGGAGUGUGUGUGUUAAAAACCAUGGCUUCUCAGAGGAGAGGAAGGAGAAAAAAAAAAAAAUCUUGAUGACAGCCUUGCCUCUUUCAUGAUUUUGCUUUGGUAAAAGUACCAGUCUGUACGUACGUGACAGCGCUUUGCUGGGCUCCGUCGCGGCCUGGACCGGCGUGAUUGCCGGGUUUGACCCGUGGGCUCUGUAGUGGAUCGUCAAGUAGCACAUACGAGGGGUUGUUGUGAUGGAGUAAAAAUGACAGUUUAAGCCGUAUUUCCUCUCGCGCUCUUUGGCUGUGCCGCAUGUUGUUGUGCUGCUGUGGUUCCGGCUGUUUCCAUAAACACUGACGCCAGGGCAUCCCUGAGCAUCCCCACUGUAUCAGGAUGUUUACAUCCCGAGUGUAAAUAGGAUCAAAGUGUGAUGGUCUAAUGCUCCACGCUAUAUUUCUUGAUUGGUUUUAAACAUAUCAGUCAUGCAGACUUUAAAAGAGUACCAUUUUGAAGGUGCCAGUUUGAAAGUGUUAAAUUCAAGUGAACGAGGUGUAGAAUUGGGUCGUUAGAUGUACUGCCACAGUUCUGAGGAGAGUGGCCUUGAGUGUGCAGGGAUGGCAUGGACCUGUGAUUUCAUGAAUCAUCUACAUGUCCUUUGGAGGAGGACUCAAGCUUGCUCUGAAAGUGCAUGUUAAACAGUGUACCACCAUCCCUCAAGGUAACAACAUCCACAUUAGGGACUGUAUGAAUUAUACACCUACUCGUAGAGUGAGUUUUCAUGGUGGAAUAUGUCAGUGAGUGUUGGUAAAAUGGCAUGGCUAUCUGUCACUGGUGCAGACGUUUGAAAUCUAUCUUUCUCACUGUGUCAUCGGCUAUGCGUGUGUGUGUGUGUCUGCUUCCACAAAGAAACAUGAGGUACUGGGAACAUGGUGGUAACACUCCUUCCGGUAUGAUUCAGCUCCUGUCCUCAACCAAGCAAAGAACAAAGCAUCACCAACGUCAAACAAGAAAAAGCUUCUUUGAAUGCAGUUUGAAAAAAUAUAUAUUUUAUAUAUAUAUAUAUAUAUAUAUAUAUAUAUAUAUAUAUAAUGGCACUGUUUAACCAUACUAGCGAGAGAGCUUUAUGUUCGCGACGUGUAGCCAACGUGAGAAGUGUUUACAUAGAAACCAUUUGUUUACAGUUGGUGUUAGAUUCAGUGGUUGUCAGUUUUAGAUGUUGAAAUGAGAAAAUCUCUGCUUUUUUUUAAAUUGUUAUUAUUUUAUUUGGUAUUAAUGCAGGGCUUGUGGAUGCAGCAUCUGAAACCGUUUUAUGUACCUCACCCACUCACCCAUCCUCAUUCUGUCUUCCGCAUCUGCCUCCUGCUCUUGUGUUCUGUGUACAUAACAAUGGAAUAUAAACAAGGAAUGUUUGUCAAGGGAAAUAUAUUUAUAUUGGUAGGUGUGUAUUUGGUUUACCAGUCCUUGUUGGCAUAAUGCGAUUUUGGAACAAAAGUACAUUUUUUUUGUAUAGUAUUUUAAAGAGACUGCUUUAAUGUGUAUUGCUUCCUACAAGAAAAAAGUCAUAUAAUUUCUACAACGUCAGCCUUGUAAGAAGAGGUAAAAGUGCAGAUUUGUAUUAUAUUAAGGGAUAUAACUGGAGUAUUUCAUUCUUUUUUUUUGCGGUCUGGUUGCAAUGCUUACAUUGUUUUUUUAAUUUCCCUUUGCCAUUCAAAGACUUGAAAAUGGUAAUAUAUACAUAUACAAAUUUUACAUAUAUAUAUUUUUAUUUGUUCUAAAUUAAUGUUCCUGAUCAUGUAUAGUUCAAGAGAAAAGUCCUCUAUAAAGACUGUAUUUGUAAUAUUUUGUUAUAAUAAAAAUCAAAGAUUGCAGUUGCCCCAUUGCUAUGAUGGGGCAGGAAUCUAUCAAGCCUUUUCUUUUCCUUGAGUUGAUUGGGUUUUUGUUAACACAUGUGUGUUUCAUCAGAACUGCAUACCAAUGACUGUGGAUCAAACUGUCUUUUUAUUUAUUUGGCUUAUUUCUUUCCAGAUGUUUCUCUCUCUAUGCCACAGUUUGGUGUUUUCAUCACAGCGUUUAAGCCCCACUCUUCUGCCCCAUGUCCUUCUGUCCAAUCAGCCUUCUUCUAUCUGCGUCACUGCUUCAGGGUUGAAUGUGGGGUUUAGAGGAUCAGGGUCAAUAUUAGGGUCAGUAACAGCCUCAGCUGCUCUGCUUUGCUUCCAGACUAGAGUUUGCUCUGCUGCGGUUGUCCAGGUUACAGUUAAGAUCAGGGUCAGGAGCGCUGAUGGGACCUCAAGGCUCUAAUGAGGGUGUGACCGCGACUGCUAACACCAGGCACGUUAGCGCCCUUAGAAGAGAGCUCUUUGUCUCGUCCGUCUCGCCAGCAGAGCUUCAGAGCUCCUUCAUUUGCACAUGUCUUUUUUUUUCUUCUUUUUUUUUUUCAGCAACCUUGUGAAGGUUCCCAAUCUCAGUAUGCCCGACACAAUCUUGAGGAAAGCUUGAAAUAGAAUCCUUUAUCUUUUUUAGCCUUAAAAUACGCUUCUGCGGAUUCCUGGAAAUAUGAUUGAGCAGAGAUUUGAGUCCGUGUCUACUGACUUACAGCGACUCCACUGAAGGUCAACAAAACACCUGCUGAAGUCAGUGAUGCACUCCUAGUGUGACCCCUAGCACAGUUUGUUUUAGUCCGUGUUCAGCUGGUUGUAUGACUCCAAUAGACAGCCAUGGUCUUCGUAUCUUUUCAAACAAAAAUGAUUUUGAUGUACAUUCUGAAGGUAAAUGCCUUCAAGUAUUUAAAUGAGUAUGCUGUCAAAAUGAAACUUCCCAAUGAUGCAGUACACGUGGCAGAACAAUAUUAAGUAUCCUCAGGUACAAUGUAGUAAAGCAGGAAGUAAUUAAUAAGGGUUAGUAGUAUAGUGUGCUUAUGUUAGUAUACAUUUUACAGAUUACAAACUACAGCGCUAAACUGAACCCUAACCACAAUUACAUGUGUACAAUGUCUUUUACCUAAGAACAUUUUAUUUAAUCUUCAUUAAGUAUAUUGUACCUAAGGAAAAAGGGUCCAGUAUGUAGUUUUUUUGUCACAAACAUAAUUCUAAGAUGUAAUAAAAUUGUGAUGAAAUACCUGAAACGAAGAAGUGCACAAAAAAUGCACAUGAAAAUUUGUCUAAAACGUGGUCUGUAGUUGACAGGAUGGGUUCUUUAAAUGUUCUUCAGCCGGUCCUUAUAGAUUCUACAAAGACCCCAUGAAUUUGUUCUUAAAAACGGCAUUCUAGAUCGUACAUGUAACUGUUCUCUACGCUGUCUUUGUACAACCUUUGAGGGUCCUCUUGCCUUUUUUCUUCAAAGGGUAUAAUGAGAACCAUUUCAGGUAUGGACAGUGAUUUUAUUUUCACCUCAAUGGUCCAUUACCUCAAUCCUAAUCACCAAAGGGGCACUGUCAGGUGCUCUGGUGUCUGGUAACUGGAACCCAGUUACUGAGAUCUGACCAUGUUGCUGUACCUGGAUAGGAGGCAGGCAGCGAAACUGCACGUGAAGCACCGGCACAGGAGCCUCCUAAUGGUGUUAUCUGCUCAGAAGCUUUGUUUGAUUUGUGUACAUUUUUCAUAGCUGAUGUAACUUAUGUCUUUUAGAAAGACACUUGUGUGUAUGCCUUUUUGUAUUUCUACUUGUGGCUGUAAAUACUUGUUAUAUUUUGUUUAAGAGGAUGUUAAAAAAUAGCAAGAGAAAAAGACAUUUUAUUUCCAAGAAUCUACUUAUGAAUUUUUGACAACAAUAAACCCAUAAAUGUCUGCA